GACAGCCCUACCAGCUGUGUCUUGUGUAUUUGGUUCAUUUCGGUCGAAAGUAUUUUUUAUCCUGGAUAUGCGUCAAAAUUAAGUGGAAUGCAACGUGAAAGGGACUCCUCCGGCUCGCACGCCCGCAAGGGCAACCGGCCACCAGGACUCAGGGGCAAGGAAAUCGGCCUUUAUUAUCGCAAUCUAUCUCGGCAGCGAAAAAUGGGUGCGGACCCCAAAGAGCCGGAAAUCCGCCUGGGCUGCAAAGUCAGUGUGCCCGGCGGUGUUCUUUCACGUGUCAAGGAGUUCAUGGUGGACUACAGCCGAGCACCGGCCAGGGAAAACUCCGAUGUGGAUGCCCAGUUUCAGCGGCAGUUUCGACACCUUCUGAGCGUAAACUUUGAAGAAUUCGUUGCGGAGACGAAGGAGAAAAAUGAAGGAGUUGAUUUCGCCAACCCCAAGCUGGACGAAAAGCUACUGCAGGAGCUGGAGAACCGCCAGCAGGGGGAAAAGUUCAGGAAACGUUGGGCGGCACGCCAAAAACUGCCCACCAUGAAAUACGCCGAGGAGAUUGUCCAGGCUGUGCGGGAAAACCAGGUUAUCCUGAUUGUAGGCAGCACCGGAUGUGGCAAAACCACGCAGGUGCCCCAAAUCCUCCUGGACGAUGCAAUCUCCCGGGGCUGCGCCUCAUCGUGCCGCAUUGUUUGCACUCAGCCACGAAGGAUUUCGGCCAUAACCAUUGCCGAGUGGGUUAGCUACGAGCGCUGCGAGAGUCUGGGCAACUCGGUGGGCUAUCAGAUUCGUCUGGAGAGCCGAAAGGCGCGCGAUAGAGCGUCCAUCACCUACUGCACCACGGGAGUGCUGCUGCAACAGCUUCAGUCCGAUCCACUGAUGCACAAUCUAAGUGUGCUGAUCCUGGAUGAAAUACACGAACGCAGCGUAGAAACCGAUCUUUUGAUGGGUCUUCUAAAGGUUAUCCUGCCCCAUAGACCCCAAUUGAAGGUGAUCCUGAUGAGCGCCACUGUGCGGGAACAGGAUUUCUGCGACUACUUCGAAAACUGUCCAAUGUUCCGCAUCGAAGGAGUGAUGUUUCCCGUGCAGAUGCUCUACUUGGAGGAUGUCCUUGCCAAAACGAACUACCAGUUUCAACAAUCCCGCGAUCGCCGUCCCAAGCGCGAUCGUCCUGAGCGCCGGAUGAUGCAUGAGGCGAUGAUAGGACCUUAUCUGAGGCGCAUCAGGCACUUGUACGACAGCCACGUGCUGGAGAAGUUGCGACUGCCGGAGUCUGAAGGUUGCGAGGACAUUGAUUUUAUAGCCGAUCUGGUAUACUACAUCUGUGAAAAUGAGCCGGAGGGUGCCAUUUUGGUUUUCCUGCCGGGCUAUGAUAAAAUCUCGCAGCUGUACAAUCUCCUGGAAAGACCAAAAUCUCCAAAAGGCCAACGAUGGCAGGAUCAAAUAGCUGUCUUCCCACUACAUUCCCUAAUGCAAUCGGCGGAACAGCAGACUGUGUUCCGACGUCCGCCGGCGGGCAAACGGAAGGUUAUCAUCUCGACAAUCAUUGCCGAAACAUCGGUGACCAUCGAUGAUGUGGUCUAUGUAAUAAACUCUGGCCGGACGAAGGCCACCAAUUAUGACAUCGAGACGAACAUACAGACUCUGGAGGAGGUCUGGGUGACCAAGGCGAAUACGCAACAAAGGAAAGGUAGAGCAGGUCGAGUCCGGCCAGGGGUUUGCUAUAAUCUGUUUACCCGCGCUAGGGAGGAUCUAAUGGCGGAUAUUCCAACGCCGGAGAUACUACGCUCCAAGCUGGAAUCCAUAAUAUUGAGCCUCAAGCUGUUGCACAUCGAUAAUCCGUAUCGGUUCUUGCAAACCCUAAUUAAUCCCCCCAAUCCCGAGGCCAUCAAGUUGGGAGUGGACCUGCUGAUGCGCAUUGAGGCUCUGGACAAGUCGGGCAUCCUCACUCCUCUGGGCAUGCACCUAGCCAAGCUCCCCAUCGAUCCGCAGAUGGGCAAAAUGAUACUGAUGUCGGCUCUCUUUUGUUGCCUGGAUCCCAUCACUUCGGCAGCGGCUGCUCUGUCGUUUAAGUCUCCUUUUUACGCGCCAUUGGGCCAAGAGAGUCGAGUGGACGAGAUCAAGCGGAGGAUGGCCCGUAAUAUGCGUAGUGACCACCUUUUGGUGCACAACACAAUUAUAGACUACCGAGAAAGUCGCUAUGCGCAUGCCGAACGUGACUUUUGCUAUAAGAAUUUUCUCAGCUCUAUGACACUGCAGCAGCUGGAGAGGAUGAAGAACCAGUUUAGUGAACUGCUCUACAACUACAAGUUUCUAACAUCCUCAAACUGCAAAGAUACCGCAUCCAACAUGAAUUCCGGAAAGAUUCCCUUGUUGAGGGCCAUUAUUGGAGCAGGUCUUUAUCCCAAUAUGGCGCACCUGAGAAAGUCGCGACAGAUUAAAAACCGAGUGCGUGCUAUUCACACCAUGGCAACGGAUGAUGGACGCCGUGUGAACUUCCAUCCCUCCUCGGUUAACUGUGGCGAGAGUGGCUUCGAUUCGGAUUACUUUGUCUACUUCCAGCGGCAGAAGUCCACCGAUCUCUACUUGCUCGACUCCACAAUGGUGUUUCCCAUGGCGCUGAUUAUUUUUGGCGAUGGCGUAGAGGCGGGAGUUACCCAAAAUACGCCGUACUUAUGCGUGGCCAAGACUUAUUACUUUAAGUGUAAUCAAGAAACUGCCGAUGUUGUUCUAGAGCUGCGUAGCAACUUGGAGAAACUGCUGCUCAAAAAAGCACUAUAUCCAGCGCCCAUCGAAGAGAAUGGUUAUGAAAAGCAGUUGAUCAAAGCCAUUGAAUUACUUCUCUCGCUAGACGAAAGACUUUGCGAGGACAUUUCCUCGGAUGAAAUUGAUGACAUCUAAUCUGCCUCAUUAGCCUGGUGUUUUUGUUUAUUGUUUAGCUCACGAAAUAAGUCAUCUUCGUGUGUUAUUCUUAUAGCAAAACAUUGUAUAUGUUAAUAAUAAAUUAUACAUGCAAACUAGUGAUGCAAUAACAAAA